AUGGAGCUGCCAGCUCCCCCACCCGGAGUGCACCAUGAAAAGCUAGGGCAAACACUGCCUGAAAAAGAGAGAGCUCAAACGGAGAAGAACAAACUAAUGGUAAAGCAAGCAGGAACAAUAUCAGACGAGCACAGGAUUAUGGGUUCCCGAGUGCCCAGCGGACGAGACUCUGACCAACUCGAACCUUUGAGAACCUGCCUAACCAUGAAAAACCUUGAAGGAUCUGGCUUACCUGCAAAUCUCAUAAUGAAUAAAAGGGCAGCGAGCCUGGUCCCCACCAUAGCUCUAGAAAGGCCACGGGAACGCAAUGUAACCAGCCAACUCAAAAAUGUCCCCUGUGAGGCCUCCACAUCACGAACCCCGAUAUCCAUAGAGAAACUGACCCAUUCGCUACAGCAGCGGAUGUAUGACCUCCAAGUUUGA